GUACUUCCAUCUUGCAUACGCCAAUGUUUACGCCAGUUGGAAUUUAUUCCACAAAUACCCAUUGUAUGUGACACGACCAGCAGUUCCGGAGCCACCGACAAUUGCGAAUUUCACGGUGAUACCCAAGUGCAGUUUCCAGCGCAGUUGUCAAUGAAGUGCCACUCAAGUUCGGUGCAACAUUCAAGUCUGGUCUCACACGCUUGAUAAAUAUCAGAGGACCCGAAUUCGGCCUCAACCAAACUGGCAGCUGGGGACUAUUUUUUGAUCUCGACAAUAUCGCGGCGUUGGUGAACGGAACGAAGCAAUUUGACCAUCAAAUUGUGUCGGAUGGCGUCUCAGUUACGGUGUGCUAUGUACGGCCAGAUCGACCAGAACCAGUAAUAUCGGACGACGAAUUGCUCUGUGAAUAUGAAGCUCUGACAUUUUGGUAUGUGCUUGGCAUCGAUCCCGGAAUGCGAACGUGGAAUGCUACUGUACGACGAGAUGUACGCACCGAAGAGGUCAACAUGAAAACAUCGAGCAAACGGUACCACUAUGACACCAAACAUGGCAUUCGCAAGAAUAAGGGUGAACAAUUGACGCGACUGUUCACAUUUGAAGAAGAGUGCGAUCGCAACCGAAUCCAGAGUGAUAUCAAAGAGAUGCCAUCGCCACGCGGCACAACAUGGAGUUGGUACAUAGGUCUUUCUCAGCUGCUUGGCUUACCGGUGCAUCCAGCAUUAGCGCGGCCAGCCAGAAAUGCAAACAAUAUCGGCAAUCCAUAAUGAUGACAUCGUCACCAGCAUUCAUUCCAAUACCAAUUCUUAAUUGAUAAAAUUAGUUUUUAACGACAGUUUUUAAUUAUGAAGUUAGUUUUUAACGAUCGUUAGCUCGCUAGCCUUGUAAUUUGUGGGCUAGUGUUUGUACUAGGUGUAAUUUUGUCUAGUACCGACGGUACAUACACUCUUGGACCAAAUUGAGAGGACAACCUCGAAAUUUUUUUACCAAUGAUUAUUUCAUGAACGUAAUUAGUUUUUAUUAUUCAAACAUUUGUGUCGCU